GUCACUCACAUGAGUGUAGAGUUUUGCACAGUGUCCAGUUUAAGAAGCUGAAUCUUAUUUUUACUAUCACUUUACUGUAUUUGAAUGAUGUUAAGAACGCUGUGUCGGGCCGGCGGGGCGCUUUUGCAGCAAACCCAGCGGACUGCGCCGAGGUUGUGGGUAACACCAGCACAGCAGCGAUGGGCGUCCAGCUUGCCCAUGAACACUGUGAUCCUGUUUGUGCCCCAACAGGAAGCCUGGGUGGUUGAGAGGAUGGGUCGCUUCCACCGGAUCUUAGAGCCGGGUUUAAAUUUCCUCAUACCCUUACUUGACCGAAUUCGCUAUGUGCAAAGUCUCAAAGAGAUAGUGAUUGAUGUCCCGGAGCAGUCUGCUGUAUCUCUAGAUAAUGUAACACUACAGAUUGAUGGAGUGCUUUACUUAAGGAUCCUAGACCCUUUUAAGGCCAGUUACGGUGUUGAGGAUCCAGAAUAUGCUGUCACACAAUUGGCACAGACCACCAUGCGUUCUGAAUUGGGCAAACUCACACUGGACAAAGUGUUCAGGGAGAGGGAGUCCCUAAAUUCCAACAUCGUCCACUCCAUCAACCAAGCUUCAGAUGAGUGGGGAAUUCGUUGCCUCCGUUAUGAAAUCAAAGAUAUACAUGUUCCACCUCGUGUCAAAGAAUCCAUGCAGAUGCAGGUGGAGGCUGAGCGUAAAAAGAGAGCCACGGUGCUGGAGUCUGAGGGGACGAGGGAAGCGGCCAUUAAUGUCGCUGAGGGCCGUAAACAAGCUCAGAUCCUGGCCUCAGAGGGAGAAAAAGCAGAGCAGAUCAAUCAAGCGGCUGGUGAGGCCCAAGCUAUCUGGGCCAAAGCUGAGGCAAAAGCAAAGGCCAUCCGUCUGCUGUCAGAGGCUCUGACUGAGCAGAAUGGAAAUGCAGCGGCCUCGCUAAGUGUGGCCGAGCAGUAUGUGUCUGCUUUCUCGAACCUAGCCAAAGAGUCCAACACCAUCCUUCUGCCCUCUAAUACUGGUGACAUCAGCGGAAUGGUCACACAGGCCAUGACCAUUUACAGCACGUUGGCAAAGACGAGCCCAGCAGUAGCCAAGACAGAAGCGGUGGAGGAGAAGAGUGAAGAGCUUCAGAACCAAUCGGAAUCAAUUCAGUAGCAGUCAGAGUCAAAAUGAACUCAAAGCAGUAAAUGACACAGAACCAGAGGAGGCAGUUUAUGUGUCAGUCGGCGGGGGCUCCAAGGCAUUGCUGCGUGACUGAAGGUUCACAAAACCACAUGUUUUUAAGUAAAAGGAUUUGUAAUCUUCACUGUUCAGUUAUUGUCAGAUUGGGAAAUAAACACCAGCCUCCAGCCAAAUAUACUCAUAGCAGUGAAUUUAAAGGUUUUGAAUAGAACCGCACUACUACAUUCAAUAAUUUGAUAAUUUGACAUUUGAUAAAACAUUCAAUCAUGUUUAAUGUUUUCUCCUCUUUGCAACCUGUGCUCCUGGGCUGGCCCAAAUAUCUUUUUUCAGGUUCUGUGGGUUCAUUAGUAUUAAUGCGGUAAACACAGUCAGCUCAGGUGAACCAUCUGCUUUCAGUGUGGCUAGUUUACAGAAAUCAGUGCCAGUGAUCAGUGAGUUCUUCAGCUGUUUUCUGCAUCUUUGGGACCAGCACCUUUUGAGUUGCUACAUUCGAUGGCUGGCUGGAUGUCUCAGAAUGGUAGGAAGUCUAGUUAAAGCGUAGUUAAUUCACAAUUUGGCCUGUGUUUGAUUAAAACAUCUCCCUGAAAAAGCUAAACCAAUAGUUGCUUGAGAAAUAGUCUUGAGAAUGUGUAAAAUGAUUCAGAAAUAAUUCCCUCUUGAUAAUUAGUUAGUAUACAAAGUCAGCCCUAGGAACAAUUGUUCCUGUUUAUAGCUAUAUUCACCUCUUAUGUCUUAUGGGUAUAUUUAUUAAAUUUCAAGGUUCUCUGCAAAGCUAACAAGUUUGUCAUUUCAUAGGUUUCUUUCAUACUUACAACAGGUUUAUGGAACAUAAUGCAAAAUGAAAUUGGCACAUCUGAGUAUGUGUCAUUUGAGACUCUCACAAAGUGAUAAAACUUCAUUAGAAGGUUUAAGAUGUGGUGGAAAGGGAUGUUGUGAAGCACUUGUUUAAAAAAAUAUACAGUGAUGUUACAAGACAAUGGUGUGAAACGACUCAUGAGAAACUACUGGACUUCUUUAAAUGUAAUGUGUGGAAAAUGUUAUGCAGAAAAAACUCCCAGCAUAAUAAAAUAAAGUUGUUAAGUUGGUUAA